GGGUCAGGAUUCUUGGCUCCCUGUGGAGGUGGGACCUGAGAGAGGGAGAGAACAGUCAGACGCGGAGGAUCUCCCUCCCCCUCCGCGCCCCCUUAUCUCCCCAGCGGAUAGUAUAUUUAGCUCCAGGCUCGGCUUUUAUCACACUGUCCCCAGAGGAGCUUGAGAUCAGAGGCUAACGGACCCCAGUCUCCCCAAGGUCAUCCCGGAGACUCGCCCAGUGCCCUUCCAACAUGGCAGAGGAGAGCAGCGACACGUUCCCGCCCGGGUCGUCACCCGCACCCAGUCCAGCAGCUCCCCCAGUUCGACGCCGCUCCUCUGUCAACUAUCGCGCCUAUGCCACCGAGCCUCAUGCCAAGAAAAAGUCCAAGAUCUCGGCUUCUCGGAAACUGCAGCUGAAGACCUUGAUGCUACAGAUCGCCAAACAGGAGCUGGAGCGCGAGGUGGACGAUCGCCGUGGGGAGAAGGGCCGCGUGCUGGGGGAGCGCUGUGCUCCGGUGGAGCUGGCCGGACUUGGUGUCGUCGAGCUCCAGGAGCUGUGUCGGGAACUCCACGCCAGAGUGGACAAGGUGGAUGAAGAGAGAUACGAUUUGGAGGCCAAAGUUACGAAGAAUGUCACCGAGAUUGCUGAUCUGACUCAGAAAAUCUUUGACCUGAGGGGGAAGUUUAAGCGUCCAGCUCUACGGAGGGUGCGGAUCUCAGCAGAUGCCAUGAUGCAGGCCCUGCUGGGAGCCAGAGCUAAAGAGUCCCUGGACCUCAGGGCUCACCUCAAGCAGGUGAAGAAGGAUGACACAGAGAAGGUUACUCCAACCAUGUCAGACGCAGAAGAGCAGGAUUAUGAGGAGGAACAGCAGGAAGAGGAGGCUGCCGAAGAGGAAGAGGAAGCCCCCGAGGAGUCGGAGCCGGUCGCAGAGCGAGAAGAGGAGCGACCCAAACCCAGCAGGCCCGUGGUGCCUACACUGAUCCCGCCAAAGAUCCCUGAGGGAGAGAGAGUUGAUUUUGAUGACAUCCACCGAAAACGCAUGGAGAAGGACCUGCUGGAACUGCAGACGCUCAUCGAUGUGCACUUUGAGCAGAGGAAGAAGGAAGAGGAGGAGCUGGUGGGGCUGAAGGACCGGAUUGAACGCCGAAGAGCUGAGAGAGCAGAGCAGCAGCGAGUUCGGACUGAGAAGGAGAGAGAGCGCCAAGCCAAACUGGCGGAGGAGAAGAUGAGGAAGGAGGAAGAGGCCAAGAAGCGGGCUGAAGAUGAUGCCAAGAAAAAGAAGGUCCUGUCCAACAUGGGAGCCCACUUUGGGGGUUACCUGGUCAAGGCUGAGCAGAAGCGUGGGAAACGCCAGACUGGGAGGGAGAUGAAACAGAGGAUUCUGUCUGAGCGGAAGAAACCCCUGAAUAUCGACCACAUGGGGGAGGAGCAGCUCAGGGAGAAGGCGCGGGAGCUGUCCGACUGGAUUCACCAGCUGGAGUCUGAGAAGUUUGACCUGACUGAGAAACUUCGGCAGCAGAAGUAUGAGAUCAAUGUCCUCUACAACCGAAUCAGCCAUGCCCAGAAAUUCAGGAAGGGGGCCGGCAAGGGUCGUGUUGGUGGACGCUGGAAGUGAGCCUUCCAUCCCAGGAGGCACCUGGAGAGAGGAUCCAAGUGGCCCCUUCCAUCUUGCCCAUAUGGUGAUGGCCCCUGAGAUGCCCCCCAGUCCUGUGACCCUGCAAGCACCCCCUGCCCUCGCCUACACCUUCAGCUUCUUGCCUGAAAUCCUGGAAUAAACACACCCCUGAGCAGUCA